CGGUCAAGCCCGCAAUUCUUCGCCGCCUUUUUUUCAACCUGCCUUUGCUGCAGGCCAAUUUUUUUCUCCACCGCAUCAACUUCAGGACAGGCCUGAGUCCCCUUUCUAGAGAGGUUUAGGACCUAUCAUAUAUAGGGAGAUUUGGCGACCUGGUGCUCAGGAGUCAACUAUUCGGUAUUUGAGCUGCGUGACGGCAUACUACCCGACCUAAUCUUCGUUUCGGCUUCUUGCAUUUCUACUGCACAGCCAAUCCUGCCUAACUUUUCAGCCAACCAGCCAUAACUUGUCGCUGCUCCUUCGACCGACUCUAUUUACCUUCCUGUCGAUUUUUACGCACGAGUAACCCUCGUCUCUGCAAAGGAGUACGGUUCCCACGACGGCGCUUUGUCUUGUGCUCAUCCUUUCCUCGGAGACUAAAAGCAGAGGCCCUGUGCUCUGAUACAUUACUCAACUAGGCGUUUCCGCCCGUUUAUAUACGUGUAUAAAGGGAGCUGCAGCCUGCUGGCUCCCCACAGCAGCUGCACCAGCCCUCAACACUAUUGUGGCAAUUAUGAAUCAACAACAGCAACACGAUAUGUAUUACGAUUAUUCCACGACGGCAAAUAGGUCGCCUGGGUCGACAAGACAAGGUUAUGCUACUGUUGGCCUACCCUCGGGCCUAGGGGGUAACCGAUCUGGUCAAAGACCUCUCGAAUCUCUUGGCCAGCAAAUGACAUCUGGUUCGAUAUACGGACACGAUGACCGCCUCGGCGGCGCGACCUAUGAACCUCUAUCGAGAUUUGAUCGCGUUGCACCAAGCGCAAUGCAAUCCGGUUACAUGUUGGAGAAUAGCCAGACGUGGGGCUAUAAUGGCGGAGUAGCCACCAUGAACGGCCCCAUGAAUGGCAACGGUCGGUUAGCGGUGAGAGCUGUAAAUCGCCGAGCUGCUUUACCUACGACAUGGACUGAUCAAUCCGGAUUGGGCGUUCAUUCGAUGCCUCAGCUAUACGAUCCAAGUAUGUCGAUGAAUGGAAAUGAACAUGACCUGUCAAAUAUGGCCGGCGCCGCCGCGGAUUCUCGAGGAAUGAUGGCUACACCCGGCGCGUCCGAUUCCGAGCAACUUAUUCCUACGGCUAUCGUGAUUAAGAAUAUCCAGUUCCAGUGCCGAAAGGAGAUCCUCCAAGGCCUCAUGGCUUCUAUGAAUCUCCCUCAGCCAUAUGCUUUUAAUUAUCAUUUCGACAAAGGUGUAUUCAGAGGGCUAGCCUUCGCCAACUUCUCGACAGCUGAUGAUACUGCUAUUGUAAUUCAAAAGAUGAAUGGUUUGGAAGUUAUGGGUCGCAAGUUGCGCGUCGAAUACAAGAAGAUGCUACCGCAGGAUGAGCGUGACAGGAUUGAUCGAGAGAAGCGUGAGAAACGAGGCCAGCUCGAAGAACAGCAUCGAGCGCCGCUUCCUAUGCAUCAGCAGAGCGCUCUGCAGGCUCUUGGUGUCAGCGUCAACAAGCAGCCAAGUAAUUCGCCUCUACGCGACGUCGAUUUGAACGAUCCUGCAACUCUCGAGUUUUAUACACAGUUGACCCUAUUUAAGAAUGAUCCAACUCGUGAAGUUCAUAUCUUCUCUCCUGAUGUUGCCCCCGAACAGCGCCGACAGAUACAUAUUCUCGCCCAUAACAUGGGUUUGGAGCACAGGUCCGUCGGGGAAGCCGAUCGAAGGCAGAUCCAAAUCAUGAAGCGGCCGCAGAAUUCUCCUCCUGCUCACGCCCAGAGCCAAUUACCUAAUGUAUCCUGGGAGGACCACCGACGCGGGUUAAGCCGCGCCGCUACAUAUGAUUUUACAGAAUCUCGCAUAGGCUCCAGUGCUUAUCAUGCGCUGGGUAGGCAAGGUCCUACGCUGGAACUACCAGGCAGCCCAGACAAUGGAAUACCGAACAACCUCAGGGCGGCUAAGAGCUUCGCAGACUUACGCACGCACAGCCCGAGCCCUGCGCCUUCUGGUUCAAGCUAUGCUGGCCUUGGAAAUGGCCUCGGGGCCCGUUAUGGUGAUUUUUCCCAAAACUCGCUGACCACGCCGCCCAAUUUAACCCCGACAUCAGGUCAAAAUGCUACAUCGAGUACCGACGCUUUGUUGGCGGGAAAUAUGAGUUCUAUGAACCUAGGUUUCGAUUCGAACGGCUCUCACAUGCGCGCUAGGGAAACUCCAGGGGCCAUUGGAAGCCAAAGACCGGGAGCUAAUGGUCAGGCAAACCGUAACGCCCCUGACAGGCAACCACGCGGCCCAGAAUGGGGAGAAGCUGGUCAAGGUUUUGGCGGACGAAGUCGUGGACACAUGCAGAGGGGUAGCGAUUCAUCAGAUGCAGGUCGCAGUACUGCGCGUUACCAUUGAUCCAGCUUAUUACUACUUAAUGCGAGAAGCUGGCUGCGGUACGGAACAGCAGUGACCCAUCAAUUGUAUGGCCCCCGCACUCUUCGCUCAGUCAUUUAUUUACCGGUGCGAUGAUAAUGCCGAGUUUCCCAUCACUACCUUCUGGAAAGCUAAGAAAAAAAAGUCCUCGCUUUCAAACCCUAUCAUCUGUCCAAUACGCCUUCCCUAUGAGCGUUGGAUCU